AAUCAGUGAAGAGAUGUCAAAUCAGUUUCGUGGGAUCUGAGAGAGAGAGAGAGAGAGAGAGAGAGAGAAGAGAGAAACAAACCUCUCUCUCUUUAGGGUUUUCAAUCAAAAUCCGAAUGGCAGCACAUCGUCACCAAUUGUUCACCUACGCCCUCCAACCUUCUCUCGCCGCCGCCUCCACCGCUUCCCCCGCUCCCCCUCCUCCGCAACCGCAACCGCAGCAAAACCUCUCCCUUUCUUCUCUCUACGCCUCCUCCGCCGCCGACCGCUACUACCCCGACGCCACGUUCCGCUUCUUAUCUCGCGACGGAUCCGAAUCUUUGACCAACAACUACCAACCAACGGUUGCUUCUUCCUCCUCUUCCUCAGCCAUGUACCACCACCAUCUCCCCAACGCGGCGUCGCAUUUGGCUUACCCUCCUCAGCUGAUGCAGCAUCAGGAAGCUUGGCCGCCUGGCGUCGAGCCUCCCGCCGCCGCCGCCGUCGAGCCUCUUCCUCCUGGAGUCAAACGCACCUCUGAAGCGCUCUACUAUCCGACUCUCUACGGUGCCCAUAAUCCAAUGGGUCAGACGGAAGCUUGGUAUACUACGGACUAUUUAACCAAGCGACUUAAGUUGGAGAGUACGAGCCAUUUGCCUGUCUAUCCGCAGCGGGCAGGGGAGAAGGAUUGUACACACUAUAUGCAAACAAGAACUUGUAAAUUUGGAGAGGGCUGCAAGUUUGAUCAUCCUGUUUGGGUUCCUGAAGGUGGAAUCCCAGAUUGGAAAGAGGCACCAGUUGUUCCAAACGAUGAGUACCCUGAGAGACCAGGUGAACCAGAUUGUCCGUAUUAUAUAAAAACACAACGUUGCAAAUAUGGUCUAAGGUGCAAGUUUAAUCAUCCCAAAACAGCGGCUGCAGUUACUGUUGAAACUCCAGAUGCCUUACCUGAGAGGCCUUCUGAGCCCCCGUGCACUUUCUACAUGAAGACUGGAAAAUGUAAAUUUGGUUUAACAUGCAAGUUCCACCACCCAAAGGAUAUCCAACUACCAUCGUCUAGUCAAGAUAAUGGCAGUACUGAGGCUGUAACCAGUGAACCUGAUGUUACCAACAAUCCGCAUGUGACAUUUGCUCCGGCAGCAUAUUACAACUCGAAGGGACUUCCAGCUAGGCCGGCUGAAGUAGACUGCCCGUUCUAUCUCAAGACCGGAAGCUGCAAGUAUGGCGCCACCUGUCGCUACAAUCACCCUGAGAGGACUGCAUUCACACCCCAGGCUGGUGGGAUAAAUUAUCCUCUAGUGUCCCCGACCAGUGCGAGUGUAAACCUUGGGUUGAUUAACUCAGCUGCCUCCCUCUAUCAGACUCUUGCUCAACCCUCGGUAGAUGUCUACAAUCAUGCUAACUUGUUGCAGCUAGGAGCCCUUACAGCAACUUAUCCCCAAAGACCUGGACAACCAGAAUGUGACUACUACAUGAAGACAGGGGAGUGCAAGUUUGGAGAGAGGUGCAGGUUCCAUCACCCAGCAGAUAGGUUAAACGCAACGAGUAAACAAGCUCCUCAGCAGCCGAAUGUGAAGCUGAGUCUUGCAGGGUAUCCCAGAAGAGAGGGUGCGCAAAAUUGCCCGUAUUACAUGAAGACAGGGACUUGCAAGUACGGGGCAACAUGCAAGUUUGACCAUCCUCCUCCAGGUGAAGUUAUGGCUAAAACCGCUUCAGAAGCUGAAGCUGAUGCUGCUGCUGCUGCUGGUGGAGCGACUGACACGACUCAGUGAGUAGCUAUCUUUGUGUAAGAUAAGAUGAUAAGCGUGUUGUAAUCUUGUUUUACUUGCUAUGUUCUGCAUCUGUUUCUCCUUUCUCAAAUCCCUUUUAUCACAUCCUAAAACCAAAAGAAGAGAUCGAGUGAGUCUACUUUCCUGAGUAUCCUCUCUACAAUUGGUCAUGCACUAGAGCUUCUGUGUUUAUAAAGGCAACAAAGUGGGUCUAAGUUUUCCACCAUUACCGUUA